AUGAGCGAUAUAUCGUACAGAGACAUCAGUAAAAAGGAUUUGGCUUGGGAAAAGAUUGCGAGGGAAUGUGAAAUGGCGAAUGGUAAGGAAGCGAAAUCUCACUGGAAGAAAUUAAGAGAUAGUCAUAGAGAAGCUCUUCGAAGACGUAAGACUACUACAGGACAGGCAGCACAAAAUAUGAAACCGUGGAAAUAUGAGAAUUUAAUGGAAUUUUUACUGCCACACAGAGAAAAUAACGAGACUUUUUCAAAUUUUUCGGAUCGUAUACAAGGAAACGACUCUGAAAACACUUCUGAUACAAUAAUUACGGAUACUGAUGUUGUUGAAUCACCUCCCUCACCGGCUAAAACAUCUACAAUUCAAUCUGGGAAGAAGAACAGCAAGCAACUGGAAAUGAUAGAGAUUCUUCAGCGCCGAGAGAAAAAUCGCGAGCAAAGACGAACUGAAAGAGAUGAAAUAAGAAAGCAUAUUACUGAUGCUAAUCGACCACAAGAUGCAUUAUCUCAUUUAUUUGAAAGUUCAUUGCCGGAAUCCCCGCGCGGAGUUGGCGGGAAAUUCGUAACAGUGCCGCCGACUCCGCGCGGGGGUGCCAACCCGUUACGUUUCUAA